UCCCCGACGUCUCUUUCGACUCAUGGUAUCGGAGGCCGGUAGCGGCUUGAGUUCGCGGCUGUCCUUUCGGUGGUAUGCAAUGGCAGUGUUGUGUUUGCAGAGUAGCGUUGUGCAUCGCUGUGCUGUUGUCCUUUGUGCUUCGUAGCUGCAGUGUUUUUCGUUAGAGACGAGGAAUUCAGGCUCUUCGAAAAGUGGCGGAAUAAUUUUGGAGAGAGCUGUGUACAUACAGAUAUUGCUUCUGUGCUUAAGCGAGCUUCGUCAGAGGAGAACUGUGUAGAGGGCUCUGCAGAAUGUUCAGCUUUUCCAAAUCCAACCUACUGACGCUGGUCGCCCGAUUGGUCCGAACGAAGGACCCGUCAUCUGACGUCACAGAGUCUAAGACACAACUCAAGCGAUGUCUGACCACCCUGGACUUGACGUCGCUCGGGGUGGGCAGCUGCGUUGGCACAGGCAUGUACCUGGUAGCAGGCAUGGUGGCACGCAACAUUGCAGGUCCGGGCGUCAUCCUCUCUUUCAUCAUCGCUGCCAUCGCUUCCCUCUUCUCAGGAGUAUGCUACGCGGAAUUCGGCGUCCGCGUACCUCACACUACAGGAUCCGCCUACAUGUACAGCUACGUCACCGUGGGCGAGUUUGUCGCCUUCGUCAUUGGCUGGAACAUGAUUCUCGAGUACCUGAUUGGAUCGGCUGCCGGAGCAUGCGCCAUCAGCGCCUGCAUCGACGCCAUGUUGGAUGGUGCUAUCAGAGCCUCCUUCGGAAACAUCUUCGGAACUAUAAUUGGUCACACGCCGGACCUCCUGGCGGCGAUCGUAACAGUCCUGAUGACCGGCCUUAUGGUAGCUGGAGUCAAGAAAUCCCUCCUCUUCAACAACGUUCUCAACUGCCUCAACUUCGCUGUCUGGGUCUUCAUCAUGGGGGCCGGUCUCUUCUACGUUGAUUCCGACAAUUGGACGAAGCACGGGGGAUUCUUGCCUUACGGCUGGUCUGGGGUGCUAGCUGGAGCAGCGACAUGCUUCUACGCUUUCAUCGGGUUCGACAUCAUCGCCACAACGGGGGAAGAAGCUGAAAACCCCAAGUGGUCCAUCCCCACCGCUAUCAUUCUCAGCUUAGCCAUUGUGCUUACUGCCUAUAUUACUUCUAGCAUGAUGGUGACAUUAAUCGUGCCAUACUCUCAAAUAAAUGCUGGCUCUGGCCUGGUGGAAAUGUUUGCCCAACGCGGAGCUCCUUCGUGUCAUUACAUCGUUGCAUUAGGUGCCCUUGCGGGACUCGUUGUAUCCAUGUUGGGUUCCAUGUUCCCAAUGCCACGGAUUGUGUAUGCCAUGGCCAAGGAUGGUCUCAUCUUCAGAGCCCUCUCGAAGGUCUGGCCUAUCACGGAAACACCGGCCUUCGCUACGCUCAUUCUAGGGGGCGCAACAGCCGUCGUCUCUAUGAUCAUGAGCCUGGAUGUCUUGGUUGAGAUGAUGUCAAUAGGCACUCUGAUGGCCUACACCCUGGUGUCCACCUGUGUUCUACUUCUGCGCUACCAGCCUCGCACCAAGACGCUCGUGGAGCUGCUGCCCGAGUCGGUGCGAUCCCAGUGCCCGACGCCCAGCACAGAGAUGCCGCCGCCCAUAAUGCCAGCCUUCACAAACAUAAGCAGCUCAAACACUACCAUCCGCACCAAACGUUCCAACCGGAUCGUCAGUCCCGACAGUGACGAAGAAGAACAUAAAAGUAUGGCACCCGGAAUAUUGGAUCCCGCAGGCAUGACACGCAAGGGAGGACAGGACCAGGACUUUCAAGACUACGGCACAAUGCUGGGCGAGAGCAUAGAGGAAGACAUGUUCCAGCAGCCCUCCUGGUGGGAGAUGAAACAGAAGCAGUUGGGCUACUUGUUCCCUUUCCUUCUUCCACAUCCGGGUCCUGCCACUGACGACACCGGUAUGCGUGUCAUGAAGCUUGUGGGUCUGCUCUACCUGUUCACCAUUGCCUUUGAUCUGGUCAUCGUCUGUGGGCUGGGUGCCCUGGAACGAGGCAAUGCCUUCGUGCUCAUUCUAUUCUUCGUGUGCCUUCUGGGGAUCCUCGCUUCAGUCUUCCUCAUCGCUAAGCAGCCUCAGGCUAGAUGCGACCUGAAGUUCAAAGCUCCGGGCGUUCCCGUGGUUCCUUCUAUCGCCGUUGUUGUGAACAUCUAUCUUAUCUUCAAGCUAUCUAUCUUAACACUCGUCCGGUUCGUUGUUUGGAUGGUUUUAGGUAUGCUGAUGUAUUUCUUCUACGGCAUCAAGCAGAGCAGCCUCGAAGCUCUCAUGGAGGAGCGAAUCGAGCUGAAAAUCCCGCAGGAAAAGUUCACCUUGCGCACGCCAGUUCCACCUGCGUCAUCUGCAACGGGAGCCAACGUCUUCUUUCCAGCAGACGUAUUGACCACGAAGUUAGCAGACGUUGCAAACGGGAGGGUAGCAGACGGCAGCGAAGGUAACACAGCGCCACAAAACGGCUCCAAACCGCAGUGGCACACCUUUGAUUAGGGGGACACACAUUGAAAUGUGUCCGCAUAUUGAGCUAAUCUAUCAAUUAAUCUACGGUGAAAUCGCAUUUUAAUGCAAUAAUGUUUUGUGUGAACUGCACGCCUGCUGCAACAGAACAAGAGGUGCUGUCAUUCCAUGACAUAUUCGCGGCGGUACAAUUUUAUUUCAUUUGAUGCCAAUUGGAGUUAAAGCGGCAUCUGGAAUGCAAGGCAUAUACACUCCCCUUCGCGUUCUACAAACUGCACCUUACCAACGUCUCCAGGACUGCCAACGCCACCUGGAGUAAACAAAGCCUGAUCGCUAAAACGACGUGACGUAUUCAUUAAAAGAUGACCAAUGACGACCGUGCUUUCGAUAGCCGAUCGAGCCGCCAUCAGCGCCAUGUCAAAUGCUCGUCUGCAAACCAAUGCGUGCAAACCACUGUCGUCUGCGAACCAAUGUCGUCUGCAAACAAAUUCCGCCAGCACAGGAAUGGCUCAUGAAUACGACGACGAAAAAGUGAGCGCUAGUUUUGAAAGAGGUUUCCAUUUGUGUGCUAGAUAAACGUCCUACCUAUCACAACCGCCAAUUAAAAGUCCGCGUUUCAGCCUUGCGACAUGAUUUCAGGUCACAACGCUCUUAGCAUCGUCUGGUGACACCAGGAGGCCUUGCGUUCCAGUUGUUGCUGGCUGAAAUCACCCGAAUUUAUUUUUCUUUUUUGAGCUUAUUUCCAUAAGCCUUCAAAGUAACAACUAUUGACAUUCAUGCGAGCAAAAGUGAAAUUACAAUUUGCAUGCAUCACGCACGGAACUUAACACGGGCUAUUACGUAAUGUUCUUUACUCGUUUAUUUAUGUAUGUAUUUAUUUAUUUAUUUAUUUAUUAGCUUUACCCUGCAACUCCACAAAGUGGCAUAGUGGCUCGUUAUUCAUGUGUUUAGUUGUUUGUUUCUAUAUAGGAAAAAAAAUUUCACUUAAUUUCGUCUACCCUAGAUGGCACCGUUUUCCCACGCAAUAAGUGUUCAAUAAACAACCCAUAUAACGUCAUCGGCGCAAUGAUUUGUGCGUCAUACGAGCAUGAUUGCAUUACUGAGAUUUCACAAAACCAUGUUCUUCCUCAUAGCUCGUUUAAAGUUUAUAUAUUUCACGUAAAGCUGUUAAUAAUACGUCAAGUAUUCACAGCGAUAUCCCGAUUUAACGAAUCUAUCGCAACUGGCGUGGUAGCUUGUCUAACUGUUUUCGUGGCACGUAUAUACCAUUAGCGAAAGUAAUCUUACACACGGGCAUGUCGUUUGGCAGCUGAGAACAUUCGUCAUCACAUAACGGCUGUGAUUUGCAAGGUGAUCGCGGGUAUGUAGAAAUGUUCGUAUUUUACGGGAGAUCGUAUCAAGCUGGAAAACAUUCCUCACGUGACAGAAAAAGAAUCGUAUUAUCCGGGAUCGUAUUAUCCGGGACCGCACUAGCGUGUGUUCGUGUGGUGUGACUGAGGGCUUUGUAGAAAUGUUCGUAUUUUACGGGAGAUCGUAUCAAGCUGGAAAACAUUCCUCACGUGACAGAAAAAGAAUCGUAUUAUCCGGGAUCGUAUUAUCCGGGACCGCACUAGCGUGUGUUCGUGUGGUGUGACUGAGGGCUUUGUUGAAUGGCUUUCACACGAUGGCCUUCGCUGUGAACAGUUCGAAGCUGAUGGGAUGAUGGGACUAUGAGGUCAGGGCGCAUGGAGAGGUGUUCGUUGUGAGAGUGGAGUGAAGAAGAGUGUCCGCAGACGGGUUGUGAAGUCAAGAGGGAAAUUCACAUUCGUGAAUACCUGUGAGAUUUAGAAGAGGAUCCGUGGCGUGGAGUAGCCGUGCUGGAGGUGAUGUUUCGUGAUGAGACAACAGGAGCAUGAAAGUGAAGUGAUGGGAUCGGUGAUGUGAGUGGCAAUUACGGCGAUGUUGGAAGAGACCUGCAACAUGAAAGUGAAGUGAUUAAGGUGAUAUGAAGAGUGAACUUGAUGAUUAUAACGCGUGAAUGGAAGUGAAGGUAAUCUUGCGCACCAACGAAAUUAUGAACUUGAAAUGAGAUGAAUUAAAAAAAAAUAUGCGCAACGUGAGGACGUGUGUGAAUAUGGAAGUGAAUGCUGAUAAGUCGAUGAUGUGAUGGCGAUUGAAGUUUUUCAGCAAAUACCGAUCUGUGACCCGUUUUCACAUGUCUCGUGUGAAAAAAAAAAAAAAUCUGGCGUUGUGUGGAAACAAAGAAUGAUCUUCAACAAAGAGGUUGUGGCAUGCUUACAUUAAUGGUGCACAACAUGUAGUCACAAAUCAAGUAGUUCCAACGCCUGUUAAGUCGCGAUGUCGCUGUGUUCGUUGUGAUUGACGUUUCUAUGAGUGAUUGAUUGAUUGAUUGGUUGGUAAAAGAAAAAAAAAUGGAUAUGUUAGUCCCAAACUACUCGGGACUGGCUAUAUUCCGGGACUGGCCAUGAGUGCUUGAGACGCGUUUCCACCGGAACUGUGUGUUUAAUGCCAAAGCGGUAGCAUCGCCUAUACGACAAGGCAUUUGGGGGACGCCGGAUAAUGUCUAUAUUUAUAUGCAAAUAAUAUUUGUCGUAUCAGAACGCCCAUUGUAGCACCGCAGGUCAAACGCACAGAGCUUGCAGUUCUAGGGCUGUUUCUCGUGCACCAACUUGAAAGCGAUUCCUGUCGGUGAAUGAUUGUUUAGCGGCCUCUAGAAGCGUUUUUUUUUAUUUAUUUUUUUACAUCCAAUAUUGCCCGAUUUUACCUUGUAUUAUGCCUCCUCCAAUAAAGCCCGAUUUUUUCCGCGGAUUAAGCAACAAAGCAUGGAACCCCCCAAAACACGGCGGUCUGAAAUUAUUUCCCAGACGGCGCAGAAACACGCUAAAAUCUUUCUUAGGGUUGUAUUUCUUUUGACAUCUUUAUUUUGUUUCGAUCAAUCAAUUAAUCAAUCAGAUUCCAAACUGACCCACUGAGACUGGUUGUCGUACAGUCACAGUGCGAACCAACAUCCUGUCAGUCCUGCGGUUGGCGCACAUCUCGAGUGUUAUACCCCUGUCACACGGGCAUUUCGAUCGUUCUCGAAUCCGAUCUGCAUCGAACUUCCCGAGUACGCUCGAGUUUUGACGCUGCUACACGGCCACUUUCAAUGUGCAUUGAAUGGUUGACCUGUGCAAAUGAAUAAACGGAACUCAUUAAUUUCGCGUUUCCUAUAUAACAGCGAUAUUAGGGGUAAUUUAUCGUAUACCGAUAUAAGCAUCAUUUGUAGCUUCGCUCGCAUGUCCGUCUUAAGUUAUGACAGUUCACCGGGGUCGAGGAUGCAAAUGGCGGCCGUCGAGCUGUCUUGAAAUUCUCAAUCCUGUUAUGGGAACUGUCAAGCAGGAUCAAAGUUCGAUCCUGCUUGGAAGCGGCCGUGUAACACCACCCGAUCUGCAUUGGGUUCAAGCAGGUUCGGUCGAGCAGGAUCGAAAAUGCCCGUGUGACAGGGGUAUUAAUUCGUUUGAAUCCUUGCGAGGGCGGCAUUUAUUUCUGGACAGAAAUCGCUGAAAAGUCGGUGCGUGCAGAUACGGCCCUCACAGUGCGGCACACAACGAGCAAAUUCAUAAUCACUGUGGGCAAUAUGAGUGCCAUGAGUAUUACGUGUACAUCUAAAAGCAUAUCUGUCACCCGCCUGUAAUGAAAUGUCCCUCAUUGGAUCUUAGGGGGAUGAAAACAGCACAGAAAUGCAUUUCGAUGAUGAGAGAGCUGGUGGGGUUGCCUUACUCAUUAACGUAACGCAGACUGGCGAUUGGGAGAGCACUUUUCCGACCGAAAUUGCUCCGUAGAUACGACGUUUACCGCGGGGCAUAGUCGUUGAUCUCCCAUGUCUACUGUGUGUAUCGUUAUAUCAAAAGGAACGAUAGCUAAGCGCUAAAAAUUGCUAAUUUUUGACGCUUAAAUAAUUUUUAAAUUGGCCAUUUCGACUGCGUCCUGUUGACUGAAAGUGACAGUCCAUGCGACCUGCCUUAUUCUGAAUCACAAAUAACCCACGUAACGGUGGCCCACGAAAUGCGAGCGAGGUUCUAAUUAACCAUAAUUUCGAAUUAGCCAAGUUCGAAUUACCUAACUUCGCAUUAACAGGGAUACAUUUACUUCUGGAAUGCCUUAUAGGUUCAAAGCAACAACGCUCUGUAUGUUCCUGGAGAAAAUUAUCACACCCUAGUGAACAGACGUACAUUCGACAUGUGUAUGUCUUCCUCACUCAAACAACGCAGUGCUUGGCCUUUCCCCCCCUUUUUUUUCAUUGCGGCUUUCUAACCACCUUGCUUGCCUAAAAUGAACAGCGUCAGUUCAGGAUCAGAACAUUCAGCUAAGCGUUCAUAAUCGGAGACAGUUAUUGUAAACCAAGUAAUGGCUCCUGUGCCCAUCACGUAUUCGCCUUUGUAUGAGGCACCUGUGAUCAGUCAAACACAUGUAUAAUGACUCUCGGACUGGUCUGCCAUAUCUCUCUCAGCAUAAAAAAAAUACAGAUAAUAUCUGUGUUACCAGGGGUCUGCAUUUGUGGAGCGCUUAUCACUGUUGGACAUAUCAUUUUCUGAUGUACUCUAUUUUUGUGUACUUUUACUCAAACGUAGCGUGUCACUAAACUUAGGUUUACGUUAUACCUGGCAGUAUAAUGUGCUGAAUGUGUCAGAGCAUAGGGGCGGCCUGGUAGCUCGAGGUUAUGUUUCUUGCGCACCCUGUUAGCUAACCAACUUCUGCCUAUGCACUGGUGCCAUGUCGGCACACUGUGCUCCUCGGGUUUCUGCCUUAGCGUCACUUUAGGGAUCGUAACAUUGCGCACUUCUGCAGUGUUGCUGUAACAUAGCUGUAGGAUUGUGCAAAUACUCGGAAAUUGUAUUUUUUUUUUUCGUAUUCACAUGAAAAUGACUGAACGUGACAGUCAACGCGACUUACAUUAUUCUGAAUCACAAAUAACCUGGCCAUCGAAUUGCGAGCGAGGUUCUAAUUAACCGUGAUAUCGAAAACUGAGCGCUGGAUUUCGAACUAGCCAAGGUCGAAUUAACCAAGAUUUCGAAUUAACUAAUUUCGAAUGAACCGGGCUUGAUGUACUUUGGGAUACCUUAGAUUCAUAGCAACCAUAACCUUAAUGUUCCUGGAGAAAAUCUAUCGCACACUGGUGAACAGACGUACAUUCAACAUGCUUCAACACUCAACAUGUCUUCCUGACUCACAGCGGUAGCAUAACGAAAAUCAUAUAAAAAUCCACUGCGCCAUAGCUUAGUACUAAUUUACACGUUCAGUGUGCUUUUACACAUACAUACGUCAUAUCAAUUAGUUUAUCUACAUUGAUUACAAUAUCAUUGUAAUGCUUAACAUAUAAGCCCUUUUUAACAGUCGCAUUUCUAGUACUCAACUCAUCACAUAAAACUCGUUCCUGUGCGUCUCUUCAGUGUCGCUUGCUUGAACUUUGUUUCACAUCGUUUUUAGUAAAUUACUCGAAUACGGUAGAACAGAACGAGAAGUACAGAAAAGUCAUUGAUUAAAGUGAUCCAUCAAUUAUUUCUAGUGUACCUAUUUAUUGCCGCAUUUCAGUUUCAGUAUAUCGGUGCGUCAGUAUUCCGCAUAUUCAAAAUGAGUGUACUGCGAGUACUCCAUAACGGCAAACCUGAGCAGCGCAAAAACACAUAGACAACACAACACAGCAGAUUUCGAGUACUUUCGGUACUAGUCGUUAUUAAUGUAAUUCUAUGGAAUAUAAUUAUUAUCCUCAAAAAUAAAUUCUGGCAAUAAGGAAAUAAUUGUGUAACUACAUUCACCAUCGUUACAUUUCGUUAUCGUAAUUUUAAAUUUUCACAACAUUUGCACAGUCCUAUGCAACGGUGUUAUUUCAGGUAUUUUGCUCAAUCGCCGGUCUGCAUAAUAAUGUGGAGUGUAUCUAUGUAAAGAACGUUACACAUUUUUCGCCAUUUCGAAUGUGAGUGCAAUCCUUGAGACGAUGUUUUCCGUCUUUGUAUAUCAUCUCGUGCCAUAAAUACGCAAUAAAAACC